GAGACUUUGACAUCCUAUUCUCUCCUCGCAUUAUACACAUCUAUCUCUCUCACUGUGGGCGGCAAUAUGCUGCCCAUUGCAUUUUAGCUUGGUUUCAACGCCUCCAAUAUUGACAGCCUUACGUCCGAACGUCUCUUGCUUAUCACAUCCACACCAACAAACAAAGCAUUAGUUAUGGCUCCACCUCCAAAAUCUGAUCCUUUCCUCGCUGACUCUCAACGUGAAGUUGAUGCCGGUGCCGUCUUCGUCCUCGAAUCCAAAGGGGAGUGGUGGCAUGCCGGGUUUCAUUUGACGACGGCAAUAGUGGGGCCUACAAUACUGACGUUACCGUAUGCGUUUAGAGGGCUAGGAUGGGGUUUAGGGUUCUUCUGCUUAACGGUGAUGGGAAUGGUGACCUUUUACGCUUAUUAUCUCAUGUCUAAGGUGCUAGACUACUGUGAAAGGGACGGUCGUCGGCAUAUCAGAUUCCGGGAAUUAGCAGCCGACGUUUUAGGGUCCGGAUGGAUGUUUUAUUUUGUCAUAGUCAUUCAAACAGCCAUCAAUACGGGAGUUGGUAUAGGAGCAAUAUUGCUUGCAGGGGAAUGCCUUCAGAUCAUGUACUCCAGUCUUUCUCCUGAUGGACCCCUGAAGCUGUACGAGUUCAUAGCAAUGGUGACAGUGGUGAUGAUAGUUCUCUCUCAGUUUCCAACGUUCCACUCCCUCAGACAUAUCAAUCUGGCUUCACUAUUUCUCAGUUUGGGCUACAGUUUCAUUGUUGUCGGUGCCUGUAUUCAUGCGGGUCUGUCAAAAAAUGCCCCUCCGAGGGACUAUUCCUUAGAAUCUUCAGAGUCAGCAAGGGUCUUCAGUGCAUUCACUUCCAUCUCCAUAAUAGCUGCAAUCUUUGGGAAUGGAAUACUGCCUGAAAUACAAGCUACUUUGGCUCCACCUGCUACUGGGAAGAUGGUUAAAGGCCUUUUGAUGUGUUAUACUGUAAUACUUGUUACUUUCUACUCAACUGCAAUGUCUGGAUACUGGGUGUUUGGUAACAAAUCUAACUCAAACAUUCUCAAAAGCCUAAUGCCUGAUGAGGAGCCUUCCUUGGCCCCAACAUGGGUUCUUGGCAUGGGUGUUGUCUUUGUUCUGCUUCAGCUCUUUGCUAUUGGCCUCGUUUAUUCUCAAGUAGCUUAUGAGAUCAUGGAAAAGAAAUCUGCUGAUGUCCAGCAAGGAAUGUUCUCCAAAAGGAAUCUAAUUCCGAGGAUAGUUCUUCGGACUCUUUAUAUGAUAUUCUGUGGAUUUAUGGCAGCUAUGCUUCCUUUCUUUGGAGACAUCAAUGGUGUCGUAGGAGCUAUUGGUUUCAUCCCUCUAGAUUUCGUACUUCCAAUGCUCCUCUACAACAUGACCUUCAAACCUCCGAAAUCAUCCCUCACCUACUGGCUCAAUCUCUCCAUAAUGGUUGUCUUUACAGGUGCAGGACUCAUGGGUGCAUUCUCCUCAACAAGGAAAUUGGUCCUUGAUGCCAAAAAGUUCAAGCUAUUUAGCAGCAAUGUGGUAGAUUAACUUGAAAGUAAAUGAAAUCGGUGUUCAUGCUCUCCAAUGCAACAGGUAUUAGCUGCCUCAAGAUCCAGAAAGUGCACAGCUACAUGCCAAUAUGAAGUGAAAUAUCAUUUACACGGUGAUGAAAGACAGUUGAGGUGAAGGCAUUCCGCUUAUAGCACCAAACAUACUAAUCAGUAGCUGGAUAACUUGAUAAAUUGUAUACUGUCACUGCAUAAAAGGCACAGUAUUUUAGCCAAAAAGGAUGAGAUAAGAUACGCGACAGCAAAUUAGCAUAUAUAAGAGGGCCGUAGAGCAUGGUCUAAUUGAAAUCGUUUCCUGUGAGGAUCUCAGGCCAUUAUUUUUCACAUAGAACGACAUUAGCUUAUGUAAGCACGUCCUUUGUUUCUUCAGAAAUUGGAGAAAAACAAAUCCUUACCGCAUGAUUGUUUUGGAAAA